AUCACAACCAUUUCCCACUCUCUCUAGAUUUCUCUACCAAUCAAAUCAAGCCACAAUCUCUCUCUCUUUUAGGGUUUAUUUUUUUUAUUUUUUGGAUUUUGGGUUUCUAUUUUUUGUGAUGAAGUGAAAGUUUUGCAAGAAAUGAAGUGAGUGAGUGUGUUGGGGAUUGAGUGCUCAAUGUGCUGUGAUCUCUUCUUGAUCUGCUAAUGGUUUUAUUUGGAAGGGUCUCAGAAAAUGUUGAAAAGUAAACAAACAUGAGCCAGAGUGAAGUAUCGCGGAUGAAGCCUCCUCUUGUUCCCCUUGGGACUUUGAUUGGUCGUGAACUGAGGAAUGAAAAGGUUGAGAAGCCUUUUGUGAAGUAUGGACAAGCUGCUUUAGCAAAAAAAGGAGAGGAUUACUUUCUGAUAAAACCCGAUUGCCAGAGGAUUCCUGGAAAUGCAUCAACGUCAUUUUCCGUCUUUGCGAUUUUUGAUGGGCAUAAUGGUAUAUCAGCUGCCAUAUUUGCAAAGGAGAACUUGUUGAAUAAUGUCUUGAGUGCAAUCCCUCAAGGCGCUAGUAGGGAUGAGUGGCUUCAAGCCCUUCCUCGGGCGCUUGUUGCAGGUUUUGUGAAAACUGACAUAGAAUUUCAACAGAAAGGUGAAACUUCUGGGACAACGGUGACAUUUGUUGUGAUUGAUGGGUGGACUGUGACUGUUGCAUCUGUCGGUGAUUCUCGAUGCAUAUUGGACACCCAGGGUGGUGUUGUUUCGCUCUUAACUGUUGAUCACAGGCUGGAAGAAAAUGAAGAAGAGAGAGAGCGUGUCACUGCAAGUGGGGGUGAAGUCGGAAGGCUCAAUGUUUUUGGGGGCAAUGAGGUUGGUCCCCUCCGUUGCUGGCCUGGGGGAUUAUGUCUUUCAAGGUCAAUUGGUGACACAGAUGUUGGAGAGUUCAUUGUUCCAAUACCACAUGUUAAGCAAGUGAAGCUUUCAAAUGCUGGAGGGAGACUCAUAAUUGCUUCUGAUGGUAUAUGGGACGCAUUAGCUUCUGAUAUGGCAGCCAAGGCUUGCCGGGGUUUACCUGCAGAGCUUGCUGCAAAGCUGGUCGUUAAGGAGGCUCUGAGGUCAAGGGGCCUGAAGGAUGAUACAACCUGCCUCGUUGUUGAUAUUAUACCAUCUGACCAUCCUGUCCCGGCUCCAACACCAAGGAAGAAACAGAAUAUGCUCAGUUCAUUUAUCUUUGGGAAGAAAGCUCAGGAUUCUAUGAACAAAAUAUCAAAUAAGCUCUCUGCUGUUGGAGUUGUGGAGGAGUUAUUUGAAGAGGGUUCAGCUAUGCUUGCAGAAAGGUUAGGUAAGGAUUUUCCAUUGAACAGCUCAGGGCUAUUCAGAUGUGCAGUCUGCCAAGUGGAUCAACCACCCAGUGAUGGCUUAUCAGUAAACUCAGGGCCUUUUUUCUCACCUUCAUCAAAACCAUGGGAAGGACCCUUUCUCUGCGCAAACUGUCGGAGAAAGAAAGAUGCCAUGGAAGGAAAGAGGCCGAGCAGAGCAACAGUAAUGACAUAGUUAUUCAUUUAAUAACAAAGUAAAUAUCAGUAAGUUUUUCCCUGGCAGUGUGAGCAUGUUUGGUUUUUCCCUUCCGGGUGGUUAUUUCAAUAGAUAUUUGUAAGAAAUGAGGUAGAAAUAUAGAAAGUAGGUGUAUUUUUCUUUGUUGUUUGUGGGAUUUUUGGUUUGUGCUCCAGUAUUGUACUGACCAACUGAGACCAAAGGUGCUUUUCUGAUAGAUAAGUUUGUGACAGUUUGAUUGCUAACAGUUUGAAUUUGUAAGUAAAACCAAAAGAAUGCAUAGUGGCAAUAUCCUAUUGCCACACCAAUUUCUAUGUUCAUUUGAGAGUUAAAAGAUUGUUUUAACUCAUUAUUUGGUCCCUGAGUAUGCUGUAUUAGAACAAUAUAUAUUAUUUAUGUAUGUUUACCAAAUUAUUUGCAAA